CUUACGGAAAUGUGAAAGAGUGAGACGCGACUCGCGGCAAUGAAACUCGAAGCCACAAUCCAUCGGCUAAACUCUAGAGUGCGACAGAGAUGAAGAGCGACCAAGUUAAUCCAGACUAAAAUUACAAGAGUAAAAGAGACGGUGAAAUUCUAUUACGGAAAUAACAUCGGAGUUAUAACAAGAGGAAUAAAGAAGAAUAUAGGAAAGUAUAGAGACCCAAAUAGACGAGGGCCAGUUAUAACGGAUCGCGCGGAGAAGAGAAGGAUAGAGAAAAAUAGUAAAGGUCUGAAUACCCUCCGGGCAGGUACGAAGCAAGGACGAUGUGGUCGUUCAAUUCCACUUGGGACAAAAAGAGACGUAGGAUAUUGAAAAAGGAUCAAGAUUUGCCGAGCAAAGAAACACAUCGCACUGGCAUAAUUACGCAUUGAAAAAUUCUCGAGAGAUACAUAUGAAUAUUUGAAGUCCGUGGGAGUAUUGUAAUUUUACUUUCGAUCUAAAAUAUAGAUCAAACGUGAGACAAUGCUGAUCACUGAUUUGAAUAAAAAGAAACUCAUAUCAUGAUUUAUUCCAUUUUUCAUUCAAUAUCCGUACGAUUUUCGACUCGACUUUUAUUUUUGGAUAGUAAAACAGUACAAGCGCCCUGGUCUCGCGUAGAAUUUAUAAUUAAAUUGAUUUGUUUUAGAUAACGCGAUGUGAUAUGGAAAGUACAUCACCUUGACCCCUGAAUAAAUCUUUAAUGACGUCAGGUUAAAAUCAACAAAUAUUUGAUGAGAAAAAUGUUAUUUUUCUCCUUUACUCGUUUUCAAAAUAAAUUCAGAGAAUUUCAAUCAACGUGAAAAUAAAAUGAGGCCAUUAUAAAUUUUCCCGAAUACAAUUAACCUAUUGACAGUCCACGAGUGUCUCAUUAUCGGAUGAAUUACGAGUAUUAUAAUUGCAGUAUAUAUAAACAAAAUAUACAACAGAAUAUAAUAUAAUAUUCGUCAUAUCUACCGCGCAACGGAUGUUACGGUUUCUCAACAUCUUUUUGAUAAGAGUUUCCUACUUUACUCAUAAAACUGGUAAUAUUAAAAAUUAUAGUUACAACUUCUGCGAAAAAUUUUCUCAGACGGUCGCUAAUAUGGGUCACGAGAAGUUUCGAGGGGUUAUCAUGUAACUGCUGAAUUUCCCUAUAAAAUGAAUAAGAUAAUAUAAUAAACGUAUUGAUGCAUAUCUGCACGUUAUAUAUUCCAUUGUAAAGAAAAAAAUCACCGCUUCGUGACGAAUAAAAUUAUUAUUCGCCAAAUUUGAAUGUAACAAACUUCAUGACGUUUUUUUUUUCCUUUUUUUUCGUGUUAUCAAAGAAAACGCUACGAAAGCACGAAGUAAAAAAAAAAAAUAAAAAAAAAUGGCGAUAAGGUUCAAGCCGGGUUAUGUGAUUCGAUUAAAACAACCCUAAAAAUCAGCCGGUGUAAAACAUUCGAUAACGAGCCUCAACUAAACGAUUAUCCUGACACCGUCAAAAAAAAAAAGGGUCUCACAGAUCGGUUGCAGAUUUCACACCGUUCGUUAAGGGUCGUUGAAUCGCAGAUCCUCUAUAUAUAUCAUUCUUCAACCUCGAUUUCGGUAUUCCAAGUUUGUAAAAACGAGAGAAAAAAAUUACAUAAAAAUAAGAGAGAAAAGACCAUCAGAAUACACACGGAAAACGGAAACGUCCGGCUUCCUUGUGUACCUUAUUUCAUUUCAUUUCAUAUUUUGCGUUCCCUUUUUUUUUGAAGUAACAUUAUUUAGAGCGCCACCGCGUUUCGCGUGCUUGCGCCCUUCGCAUCCCUUCUUAGCCUGUGCGCGACGACCGCAUCUAAAUAACAAAGGGUGCUGCUUGUUGUGUAUAAAAAAUGCAAGGGAAAUAAAUAUGCUACGUGUACAUACAUACACAUACUUUAUAUCUGGUUUAUAUUUGUAUCAGGUAUAUCGUGUGUGAGGGUGAGCAUCGUCCCUGCAGUUUUUUUUUGCACCGUAAAAAUAUAUUUGUCCUGGUGAAAAAAAAUUCACGAAUCACAGCAAAAGCGUGGGAAAAUUCUUUAUGCAUGAUUCGAAAUUCGAAAUUAUAAAAAAAAAAAAAAAAAAAAAACAGAUUUCAAAUAUCUCCCUACGACUUCACCGAUAACAUUGAAUUAUUCAAUAUUUUUUUUCAUUCCAAAUGUUCUUUUGUUUUCUCUACAAAGGCCGAUGAAAAAAGCAAAAAUUCAAACAUGAUUACGAAAGUUCGCGAAGUGAAAAGUUGUCGUCUUUAUUUUGUCCGAAGAAAAAUUUUCAAUUCUCCACGGUUCAUGUCUAUCAUGAGAACGGUACGGAAUUAUUUUUUACAAAAGUGUUGGCAGUGGGUUGAAUAUAUAGCCGUAGGUUGAGAGUUUGGUUUUGUUAGAAGUCGCGAUGUUUUAUGCCGGGUAAAAGUUUUUUUUCUUCUCGUCUUUUCUUUUUUUCUUCAUACUUUUCGUUACUCAGCCGCACGCUUUUCACUUUGCGCUUAGAGUUUUACGGCGUCGAACGGUAACACCCACCAGUAGCAACAGCUUGAGCAAUAUUUUUAUGGCACAACAGCUCGGAUUCUUAAGCAUGGCGUAGAAUUCGAAAAAGACAUCGGAGAAUGUGGAAUUAUCGGAGAGUAAUAUGAGCACACAUGAAAUGAUGGAAAAAUUGAAAAUGAACGAAUGUAUAAAGAAUAAAGAAGCGCGCUAGCGUCUGCAAAGAAAUCCUAGACAUAAAGUUCACCCUCUUCCCAUCUAACUAGUGUAACAUCACAAUCCCCAUGGAGUUUCUUGUGCCAAUGGAAACGUUAUAAUUAAUCAUAAAAUUUAAAUUCGUGAGUAUAAUCAAACCGCCCUACAAAACUCGUCCUGUAGAUCGUCUACUCAAUAAUUUUAUCUAUUUCGGAAGAGAUCCGGAAGAAGAUUUUUUCGCUACGUGACGAUUAUUUCGUGAAAUCCUGCAGGAUUCGGUAGAAAAUUUGGAAGAUCAUUUCGGGAAAAUUUGAAGUAUGAUUUGGACCUUGUGGAGUAUGAUUUUUUUUUACACAUAUUCAAGUCGUCUCGGAGAUGAUAAUGUAACGAAGAAUAUGAGACGAGACGCAGGCAGUGCUCUCAUACUACGUCAUCGUAUAGAACCAUAGGGUGAAGUAUAUAGCUUUUGCAAAAAUGACAAGGACUCGCUGUAGCAUUAUUGUGUCUGAUUCUUAAGAUUCACUGAAUUGAAAUCCCGCAAGAAAAUUGCGAAGCGAAAAAAAUUUCAUAAGGAAAUAAAGUUACUGUACGCGUAUAACAACUGGAGGACUUUCUGUAGAAUUCUAUCGGAAAGAAAAAAUGAAUGAUAUAUAAUUACACCGAAAAAUUUCAAUUCACAUGAUCUCAACCCCGUUUUUUGUUGGAUCAUUUUUUUUUUUUUUCACCACAUAAAAAAUCUUUUGUUUCGUGUAUACGUGUAUAGGACGUACUCUCUCUGAUUCCUAGUUUAAUAAAUGACGGCAUUUCCACCCCUUUUUUACCCCAAAAUUUCCUAAAUUAGCGUAAUUUGACGGAAGGAUGACUGAAUCAAGGGGUGUUUUGUGUCUUGUUAGGUUGGGUAUGAACUGCAGCAGCGUCCUUAAUUGGUUUGGACCCGCAUUGUAAGCGACAAUGCGGAAUCCUUUCAUUGAUUGAUGGUUGUUAACGUGUACCAAAAUACGUUGACGUGAAAUUGCACAAAAUCCAUCCUCAUUACACGAAAAACAAUUUUCGCAUUUCACGUUCUUAGUCCUCGAGCUUUUUGUCGAUAUUUUUUCCCCAAAAAACCUAUUGCGAAAAAAUUAAAAAAAAAAUCAACUCAAUUUCUAGAUACGCGUGCUUUGAAAUUCUCUCAAAACUGGACCCUAUAUCUCCAAAUUUUCAACCCUUCCAAGACUUCCCCCCUCGUAUGAAAGGUCAGCAAACGUUUGAAUCCGGAAGAAUUUUUGUUGAAGUGGUCUAACAUAGGCAUACAUAUUUCAGCGACUACCCUUAUGCAGUAGAUUAGGGUAACUACUGCGCGUAGUUAGUCAUCUGCUUUACAACCGCGAAUACAACGGUUUUGGUAUCACGUAGAAAACUCACCCCCUAGAAGCUGUGUAGGUAGGGUACGACAUCAGCCGUUAUAUAUCGAAGGGCGCGCGUUUACGCCUGCGCUGAUUCGAAGGGGGAUGAAAAUCAUGAGGGAGAAAUAGCUUGGAUGCGGAGGAAAGUGAGGGAAGAGAGGACGUCGGGACAGUAGGACGUCGGGCGUCGACCGGUAGUCGAACCAUCCGCUUCGGCCCGGUAGCCGCAGUCGUUCUAUUCGACUCCGAAAAAUAUCGUGGAGUUUCAGUUGUUUUGAUUUUCAUUCCUUUCAUUUUGCACUUCUCAAACUUCUUGAAUUUUUAUCAAAAAAAAUUCAUCGAUCGUUUAUGCAUCGCUGCAACCGAAUAAUAGCUCAUUUCAAUCAUUGGACAUUUUACACUGCCAAAACUUUUUUCUCUCCUCUUUUCUACCCCGCAAACAACUUCGAACGCCACGAUGAAAAAAUGAAUGAAACCAUCCAAAUAUUCUUUGAAUGUUGAUAAAAAAAAAAAUAUUCACUCAUUCGCUAUCAGAAGUUCCAUUGUUCGAGUGAUUUUAUUUACCCACAGUUUGAUGCAAGUUUUCGGGAUAAAUUAUAUCUACGGAAACUGUGCACAGGUGACUGGUCGUAUGACACGUGUAAAAACUGAAUGUGUAAACCGAUUACGAGCUAACUAGGUAUGUUGUAAAGAAAAAAGAAAAAAACAAAAAACUUUCUUCAAGUUGUGAGUAUUUUUUAUGUGAGUGAUGUAAAAAAAAUUUGAACACUGUACCGAGUAGAUAAUUCGACAAACAAAUCACUGCCAGCUAAUGUAAUAUGAAUAAUGGAAAAAUAAAUUAAAAAAAAAAGAAAGAAGAAAAAUAAGCAAAUACAAAUGCAGAGAUAAAACACGUACGUUCACGAAACAGAAUAUAAUUCCUUAUGAUAAAUUUUGCGACAUCUCUUGCGCUGUUUAAAAAUUUUCAACACCCUCUCUGCAGCGUUAGUCGGCAAAUUAUGAGAAGGACUCCUACAAUAAAGUGGAACUACAUGAAAUUAAGGCACUUGAAAUACGAGAUAUCGGAAACUGUGACUUCAGCCAAUGAAUAAAAUCCUUGAAAGUUUGAACGAAAGAGAGAAACAAAAAAAGAGAACUUUUCCGGAGUUAUUUUAUACGUUGAUUAAAAGUAAUUCUGUAUUCCGGAAUAUUUGUCAUUUCUAUCCUACGGACAUAACAAUAAAUAAAAUAAUUAAAAAGAACAAAAUAAAAAUUUAUUGAUUAAAGGGGAAAUUUCGGAAUUUAAUGGGUUCGCGUUCUUUACGCGUUCAAAAUAAAAAUAUCAGAUUUUUUUGCGCAAAGUAAUUGAAGCCACGGAUAUUUAUGCAAUUUUUACUUGAAUAUACGUUGCGCAUUACAGCCAGAGUUGUAUCUAGGUAGCGCAGAAAGUAUAAUAUGAUUUGCAUAGAUGCAAAUUUAAUUGUUGCAGUAUUUGAAAAAAAGUUUUACAUAAUUCAUGUGUUUUUCCAUUAUUCAUUAUAAUGAGCAAUUUUCCAAGAGUCAUUUAACGCCGUCUUCUGACUUAUAUUGAAAAUAAAUAAAAAAUUUUCGGCAAAUGAUAAAAUACAAAAUAUAAUCAAAGUAAUCCAACCAUAACCGUGUGUGUACAAUCGCAGGCGACUUGUUCGGGAAUAAUUGAUGAUAAAAUUUCACGACGAUUUUCCUCGAUGAAACGUCAUGUUAUGAAUUAACAAAAAAUGUGUACACAGCGAGUGGAAUGAAAUGAAAAUAAAACAAAUCAAAUCAAAUUAAAUUUGACUCAAUUAACAAAAAUUUCAUGAAAAAACAAAAAAUCAAAUAAAUAAAAAUGUAUUCCUUGUAACCGGUCAUUCCACAUACCACGUACUGCAAAGAAUCAGGUGAAUUUUGCAACGUCAAUUAUUAAAAUGUUAUACGAAAUUUUAUCGCUCAAAUGAAUAAUCAUUCGUCACAAAUUGAACGCAGUGUUUAAACGUGAUCCGAUUUUGGUUCUAUCAGUUCCGUGUCUUCUUUUUUUUCAAUUCGUCUUGUCACAAACGUCGAUAUAUUGUGACGAAGAAAAGUUCCAACUAAGAGGACAAGAAAAAACUGAUAACAAUAAAUUGUAACGCGAAGAAAAUCAUCCCCUUUCAAUUGGGGAUGACCCAAACGGAGAAAAUUUCGUAAUGUCUUGCUGCUGUUGCGGAGGGUCAGGUGGGAAUGGUGGAGGUUUAGGAAUAACUUCCGGAAUAUCGGCGUUACUGUCACUCAUUGUUAUAACGAUUGCGAUAACAACCGGAGAGUGGUUACUCACCGAAGAAAGAUUACCAAAAUCACCAUCCAGUAACGUGACGGCUGAACCAGACAGUAAAGUUACUUACAGCGGACUUUGGAGGGUCUGCGCAACACUCGCUUCGCAGAUGGAGUACGAAUGCUUUAAUAUAGACUAUUUUCCGAAUGAAGAGUACAGCCCGGAUCCAAACGAUUCUACAAUGGCCAUACCAUAUGCGGUUACCAAGUCAACGAUGUUUUUUCUGGCCGCAACGUUGCUCCUAGUUGCAGCGGAAGUCUGCUAUUUCGCUGCGCAUAUCUCCCACCCGAAACACCGAUUAUGCGUUUUUAUUGCCGGUGUGGUUUUCAUAGUCUCCGGCCUACUGAUGCUCGUCGGUAUGGUGAUGUACAUAUCCGUAUUCAAGGCAGAAGUUGGAAGUAAAUUGAGAACCAGAUCGUCCUUUCAGGGUCCUCAAUUUACCUACAGAUACGGUUUUUCCUUUCUCCUCUACGUGAGCGGUUUUAUCACAACCGAAGUGGCUGGUACGUCGGCAAUAUUUCUGUACAUAUCCUGGCACCAGGAGGAAUGGAUCCGGAAGGAUUCGAGGCGCAAAAACUAUGGGGGUGUAUAUCACUUGGAAAAUCACGUGCAUCAUCAAAACCACGUGAAUCAUCAUCAUCAUCAUAACCACGGAAGUUUCCUGUGCGAGAGGCACCAGAAACGUUACUUCUUCGGUAGAGAUUCCGUAGACGUUGAUUUCGACGAAUUUCUACCACCACCGCCGAGCUUGGAUUACAUAGAAUAUCCGAGACAGUUCCCUCGGGAUCUCACCGCGCAAACGGUCAGCACUACCGCGGACGUGCUUCAGGGGGAAUACAGUCCUAAUGCUCAUCACGAGUUUGUGACCUUUGACCUCGAGGGACCUCUACCACCCCCACCCCCUUUAAGGGGAAGCGAAUGGGCGCUGGAUACGCUCAGACGAACCACCCCCGUCUGAUACAGCGUCAGGUAUACGAAACUGGUACACGAAUUACAAUCGGACGACGGGGAGGGCGAUACGGAUGAAAUAGACGGAGAUAAAGACGAAGAUGAUGAAAGCGAUGACGAAUUGAGCGACGAAGUUCAUGACGAAGUAGAAACUUCAAAGGACACUGAUCGUAUACUGAAAUAGAUCAGAUGGAUGGUCCGACAAUUGUGUGAAUUGUGUGAAAAGUAUCAGACAUCAUUCUGAGUAAAACGAAAAUGGUAAAAAAAAUUGAUAAUUGAAAAAUAUUCUGCCGUCAAGUCGAUAGAAAAGAAAUGUCUGUGUACAUGAAUGUAUUAUAAAUAUUUGAAAAGAGAAGUUUGAAGUAUUUUGACAUUUUAGUAAACUAAUCGUGAGAUUUCAAAUAUUGAAAAUCCUGGUACAGGAAUAUCGUGAAACAUGGCUUGACGAAGUUCUACUCGAACGUCCACAUUGGAUUGAAUUUUGUAAAGGAAUGGUUGAACGAUCGUAUUGGUUGAUAUUGAAUUUAAAUAGACUAAAAAAUGAAUGAAAAGCAAAACGAAGAAUGACUAGAAAUGUAUCUCAAUCACCUCGAUGAAUUAUAUACUCAAAAAGACAAAAAUGAAAACUGACAAUGAGUAUCUAAUGUAAGCGCAAUUUCUAAAAGUGAUAUGUCAAUAAUUAUAUUUGUAAAUUUGAAGCGGAUUCAUCUACGUCCGCAGGAUGAUUGAAUGUGAGUUAUUAUACCUAUACGCGAAUAGACUUGACAAAAUAUCUGAUAAAUAUAAAUAUAACUAACAAAUAAAUAACUAUUAAAUAAAUAAUAUCUCAAUAAAAUUUGAUCAUUAACAACUAAACAUUUAUAUUACGUAUAAUAUAAAUAUUAUAAAACGCACAUGAAUAAUUUUAAUGACCCGUGCCAAUAAUCGAUAAUUAUGUAUUGAAAAUAUAUAGAUAAUAUGAAAAAAUAUUGUAUCUAUGAUAAACGUUGAAUACCCACCGAUUAAGAAAUGAAAUAAAUGUUGUUGCAUCAAAAAUGAAAUCACCAUUUGCACUCGUUACAGAAACUUUUCAAAGAUUUGAUGCAUCGUUUACGCCGCAACUACGAAUUGAAUUCACAAUUUUUUCGCCACGAAUGACUUACGUGUCCUGCUCAAUAUUUUACGGCAAAGUAUCAAUAACAUCGUUAUGAUAAUUGUAUUUUCAAAUUGUUUUGGAUGUUGAUUGUUAAGAUUAAUUUUUUAUCACAUUGUUAACGAACAAUUCU